GUUCUGAUCAAGCAGGAAAGGAGAAAGCAAAAGGAAUAUUUUGAAAAGAGCAGGUUAAAAUCAAAAAUGAAAUUACUGGGAGUUUUAUCACCUGUCAAAAAUUCUACUGUCAGUUUAGACCUUCUCAACCUAUAUAUGGUAAAUCAGAUAUCCUGCAAGAAGACACCUGAAAUGAUGAGAAAACCAGUCCAUGUGAAUAUGAAUAGAGACAUAAAAAUGCCUCUAAGAAAGCAUGAUUUAGAACUUCCAAUGUCACCUCACUGUAUACCUUCUAAACUCUGCCUUGAUGAUAUGGAAAACAAUAUACGCCAUCAAAGACUAGGUAGCAAGGAUGAGGUUGGCCCAGCUCAGUUGUCACAAGUCAUGGACUCACAUAGUAUGUUUGAACCUCAGUUCAGCAGAAGAGAAAACUGCAGUUCUACUCCACCAUCUUUUUCAGCAGAAUUAUCUUCUAACAGACAUAUACCAAAACAAAAUUUCCGUCCAAAAAUAGCACCUAGUCCUUGGAAAGUUGCAUAUGAAAAAAAGCAGAAUGAGGAGUUCAGUAAUGUUAAUUGUUCUGAUGCCUUGGUUCUCAAAUUAAAUGAAAGUCAGGAUGUUCUCAGUCCAUCAUUUAAAACAGCACGAUUUGGAACACUAUUUGAAAGAUGUAACAGACCAGGAAAUGGGAAUUUCCUUACUAAAAGACCGGCUAUAAUUAUGGGUGAAGAUUGUGGAAGCAUGGAUGAAAGAAGACAGUCAGACUUCAUUCCAGAAAAACAAUCAGUGCAAUAUAUUUGGAGAGAAAAUGGAAAAGAGGUUUCAAAUUAUCUUGAAGAUGUGAACCAGCCACCUCCUAGCCUUCUGUCAGAGAAUUGUGACUAUUUCGUUAGUCAAAAUGUGACAAAUUUAUUAAACAUAGAUCAACAAAGGAUAAAGGAAACCUUUGACAGGUGUGGUUAUGAUAGUAUGAGAAAUAUUUGUGUAGUCACUAGUUCUGAUAAAAAUCAUUCCACUGAUGGAUGCAUUGGAAGCAUUUUCACAGAUCCAGAGUUAACUUUUAAUAAUUCUACUUUUAAUAAAACAAGUUAUCCAGAAGAGUGUCAGCCAAACAAGAGCUAUCAGAAAGAGAACAACAAUAAUGAAAGAAAUAAUCUUAGUACACCUUUUGAGAAGGAUUGUUGCCCAACCAGCUCUGGCAAAAAAGGAAAACUUGAAAAUGAUUACCAGGAAAAGACACCACAGAAAAAUAUCCAGAUAUAUCCAGUGACCUAUAUGGGUAAUAUCCAUUUGGAAAAAUUGCAUUCUAAGCAAUCAUGGGACGUUGGACUUGGUGAG